UACCGUGUAUACCAUUUUAAUGCUUCAACAUAUAAAAAUGCAAUUAGUUUAGAAUAUUUAUCCACUUAGGUCUGCCAUUAAUUUUAAUUAAGUUAAUUGUCAGAAUUAUAAUUUUGUAUUGAAAUGGUUAUUUCCAUCAUAGGCGUAUUAGAAAUGGCAGUGUAAUAGGAUCGGGUACAUGAAAAAGUCAUUAACUAACUACAUACGCAAAUUAAUAAGAUCAUAGUAUAUUAUAUGUACCUAUUCCAAAUUUUCUUGAUUUUACAAAUUUUACCAUCAUGAAAGUGGAAACUUCAGCACCGACAACAAAAGUGCGCCCACUUCCACAAGAACUGCAACAGAUUGCCGAGAAAGAAUUGAACGAAGUGAAUUCUCGUCUUACUAGCGACAUUCAGCAAAUAAGAGAUUGGAUCAAUAAGCAACCGCAUUUCAACUUUGAUAUCGGUGACCAGUUGCUGGUUUCGUUCCUUCGAUGCAGCAAAUUCAGUUUAGAACGCACAAAAGAAAGGUUGGACAGAUACUUUACAAUAAGAACGAUGGCACCAGAAGUGUUCACAAAUAGAGACCCCUUACUACCCGAACUGCAAGCUAUCUUAGAAGCUGGUUUCAUUCUUCCACUACCCAAUGUGGCAAAAGAAAAUGGCCAUAGAAUAAUCGUCCUUCGGUACAGCGAUAAUCUUAAUCCUAAUCUAAUGACGAUGGUAAACAUUGCUAAGCUAAGUUAUAUGGUCCUGGAUAUACUGCUACGUGAGGACGACAACGCUGUCGUUAGUGGUAUCUUAUUGUGGAGUUAUUGUAAAAAUUUUCCGUCGAAAUAUACUAUUCAGAUGACUCCGGCCAGUUUACAGCGAUACUCAGUGAUUGAAGAAAAGGGAUUUCCUUUUAGAAUGAAAGGAGCGUACUACUCACACGUUCCGAAAAUUUUCGAAACUUGUUACAAUGUUUUCAAAGUUUUCUGCUCAGAAAAACUAAAACAAAGGAUGGGAUUGUAUAGUGAGAACAACUCUGAGGAGUUAUUUAAGAAAAUUCCAAAGGACUUGUUACCGCAGGAGUUUGGAGGUUGCAAUGGCUCUGUAAAGGAUCUGACGGUUUUUUGGAAGGAUAAGGUGGAAAGUUACCGAGAUUGGUUCCUUAAGGACGAACAUUGUAAGAUUGACGAACGAUUACGACCAGGUACUCCAAAAACCUGUUCUGAAGUUUUCGGCUUGGAGGGUUCUUUUAGAAAACUGGAUCUAGAUUAACGAUAGUAAUUGUGUAUGUAAUGUAAAGUAAGUAAGGACAUUGAAUAAUAAAUCUGAAUUUAUUAUUCAAUGGUAAGGAGAUAAAUAUCGAAAGAAUAUAUCAACCGUGUUCAAGCGUU